CGACAAAACCAAUCACAACUAAAAUCUUCUGACUACGUGCAGAAGUAAAUCUGUUGUAACGUGGCUGCUAACUUUUCCUCCGUUUAGGAUUUUUGGUGUAAGGUGUGGCCAACUAACCUCAAAUCAAAGGUAAAGGAUUUUCCUUUUCGUUAAAUUUAAAGUUUUCUUAACGUCGGCAAAAAAGGCACAAAUCUUAGGAAGUUUGACUACGCCUUGUAUUCGGGCAAAACUCGCACUCAAGUCCUCUAAAAGGUACUGUUAUGUGCUGGUUUGAAAACCUUAAAAAACAAGACACAACUCGUAGUAUUUGUAAAGAAAUAAAGAAAAACAUUGGCAACUGAAAUUACGUUUUUCUUUAAUGCUCAAGGAGUUUUCAUCAAGGAAUGAUGAAGUUCAAAUAUGAAACUAGGAAAUAUUUUUUAUUAAUUGUUUUUGUGUGUUUAAUAUUGACCAAUGCCAGCCUUAACCUGAUUCACACCCACGAGCAAAUAGUGGUAAAUGAAAACUUUGAACAGUCGUAGAGACGAAUAGUGGAAAAAGCGCUUAUCUUCACAUUCAGUGGGCCUUGCUGUCACCGCUGCACGACAUUUUCGUAUCGCAAUUAAUUGACAACCGCUUCAACUGAACACAGCCACAAGUUUUGUUUAUUUUGUUCCCUUUAUUUUAGUAUGGCACUUCAAUCCUUUUUGUUGAGUCUGCUUGUCCUGAAUAUGUGCUGGAGAUAGGAAUCAGCUUGUAGGAUGGCCGACUGGUGGGCAGCGUUUGACCGCAAAGGAUGGGCUACCUGUGACUCUUCAACUCAGUAUAUCAAAGGGCUGUGGAGAAACCAUAAUGGAGGCCCCAAGGAAAAGAUCUACUUACUAGAACAGGCAAAGUGCUGUUCAGCUCCCACGCCAUAUGCGAACGUCCCGUCAACUUGUAAAAUUGCCAACUGGUGGGGCGUUCUGGACGGGUGAGUAUGUAUUGCUUUUCACAUUACGUCAUCAAAAUUCAAACUGAAUAAUUGUCGAUACUCCUGAGGUUCACUUUCAUGAAGCACUAGAGCAGCAAAGAACUAAUAUUUCUACAAAUUUUCACUUCGAUCGCGGCAAGAUUAGCUCAGUCGGGAGCGCGUUUGACUACAGAGCGGAAGGUCGCCAGGUCCGAUUCCCGGGGCUGGACCAAUACUCUAGGUCUUAAAAUAACCGAGAAAUGAAGGUACUACCUUUGCACUACAAGCGGCGAGACCUUCGCGUGGCUCGGAUGACCACGUAAAAUGGCAGUCCCGUCUCCAGUUGGAAACGUAAAAAUAGUGUCCCCAGUUAGCAUUUUUGUGCUAAAUAACUUGACACUCAAAUAAAGUGCAUCUUGUUUUUUUUAUUUUCGUUUUUUGAUGGAGUGCUAAUGAACUUGAUCUAAGCUUUUGCGUAAAUAUGUUAUUGUUUUCUAAACAGUUAUGGUACUGAUUAUUAGUUCCCCGAGAGAUGAAUUCACGAUUUCGUAGCAAAAUCAGUGACAGACGCUACUGCUGGUUUUCGGCAGUGUUGGUGCCCAUUUGGAUGCGCACCAACAUGGCAUCUCCAUACAAAUCUCUGUAAAUUUAGGUAAAUCAUUUCUCCGUAUAUCUCGCAAAUGAAAAAUUGCACUGACCUGAAUCUUGUUGAGGUUCCUUGCAUACUUAAUUCCUUUCAUUUCCCAGAUUCUAGACUUGUUAAUUCCGCUGCCCACGAAUAAAAGCAAUUUUAGAUGCGCUAAAGUUAUUGUGUUACGUGACCCUAUUUUAUAACUGCUUUCCUCAAAAAUCGCGACAAUUAAACUGCCAAAAAAACGAAUAAAGUUUAGAUAAACUAGAGAUAUAUCCACCUAAGGUAUCAGUGAUAGGUCAUCUUUGAUCGUUACUGUGGUAAACAUGCGUUUACCGUAGUAAACUUUCUGUAGUGUGACAUCAACCAUUGAGAUUGAAAUUCUAGUUUUUCGUGUUUGUUUUGGCGACAGAACGCCAGUUCGACCAGAGAAUAAGCAGAUAAACGUUUCCGACUCUUCUUUCCUCUGUCAUUUAAAAAUUGUCAAGGCAAGCCAACAAAAUGCUACGUAUACCUGUUUUAUUUUAAACGCUCGCUGAGGUCCUUGCAUAAGAUUUCGCAUAAAAUCUUGCUUUUGCCUUUGUCUUUGCAAUGAAGGAAAAACGUCUGGGCCGUUUGUCCAACUGGUUACUUUCUACAAGGUCUUUGGCGGAAUGAUGGGGUUGGCUGGAUUUACCAAAUUGAAUUGGCCAAGUGCUGUAAACCGAACACAUUGCCUGACAAGUAUGGACACUGCUACAACGAGAAUAUCUGGGGGUCAUUUGAUCACUAUGGACUCAGUGAGUGUAAGAGAGGCGGCUACUAUGCGGCUGGACUCUACAAGUCAAACUGCGACACACUGGGUUGUAUUGAGAUGUUAAAGUGCUGCAGCAUGUUCAUUGGUGAGUCAUACUGAAAAUCCGUAAAACAUUUUAUCAUAAGUAUUGAUGAAAUCUGAUGGAAUACUUUAAAACUGAGUGUGCUGACAUUCACUGAAAUCACUCGGUGACCAACAAAAUUAUGCAAUAAUAAUGAUAAUAAUAAUAAUGAUAAUAAUAGUAAUAAUAAUAAUAAUAACACCAACAACAACAAUAAUUAUUAUUAUAAAAGUAAACUAUAAUUAUCAUAAAAAAUGAUGCCAGAAUCCUGCGAGGCAAUUUUUUUAAAAAGCUUUAUAACUUUGACAAUUUUAUACGUAGAAGAAUGUCAGACCACAACAAGAUAACAUCUGCCAUAAAAUGUCUUCCCAUGUCACAUCUAGGGUGAUGACGUCAUCAGUCAGGUGUCUUUUUCAGAAUUAGGUGUUUUUGUUCCUGUGACAAGAUUUCAUUAUUGGGUUGAAAACAAAUAGCAUAUUUGAGGUUUUGGUUCUGUGGAGCAUCUAAAAUAACCAGUUUACGUCCAGCAUUUAAAAUUUAUUGGGGUAAUGAACAUGAGCGAAAAAGUUGGAAGACUAGACCGAGGGCUGUAGAGGGUCGACGUUUCAUCACACGGCACAGAAAAUUUGCAGGAAAGUGAUGUUCCACCUGACUGACUGAGUGGUCGUUUCGACUAGACCAUUGACUACCUGGUCUCUGGCUGCCCCGAACUGGCUAAAACUAAAUACAUCCACCGCCACAACAAGGCAGCUGCACACAAGUACUGGAGGAUCUGCAAAGAGUUUGGCAUUGAGGAGAAGAAACGAUGGUAUGAGCAUGAACGAGAAUGACAGCGUCACUAUUUUUGUGGGACAUCUCCAUCCACACUGACAGGACCAUACCAGUUAAUACGCCGGACAUUGUGCUAAAGAACAAGAAGGAUAAAACCUGCCUUCUCAUUGACAUGACUACACCCCUCGACACCAACACCUUAGUCAAAACCACGGAAAAGCUUACCAAAUACAAAGACUUGGAAAUCGAGGUUGAGCGAAUGUUAGGGCUCAAAACAAAACAGUCUCGGUUGUUAUGGGAGCUCUUGGCACCAUCAAGAAGGACAUGGAAAGCUACUCCAACAAAAUCCCUGGCAACAUCAACAUACAUGAACUCCAGAAAAUAACUCUCCUUUCUACAGCCCACCCUCUCAGGCGGGUACUUUCCAUCAAGUAGAAACCCUCUUUGGCUCCCAAAGUCCAUGGUUUUGGACUCGGAUAUUGAGAGAGAAAAUCAGUCGCAAUUACUCUAGUAUAUCUUAUAUAACAAUGAUAACAAUAAUAUGCACCCGAAUGCGUCGUUUAACUUUUAUGUGCAAGUUCAUGCGUCAGAUGUGAUCAGAGGAGUCUGUAGAUGGCAGCUGAUCGAGUUCAUCUUUAGCGUAAAUCAAUUUUGUUAGUCUCUACAGAUGUUUGCCGCACCAACCCCUGCAAAAACGGUGGAACUUGUACCGCUGUCCCGACUGGAGCGGGCUACAUCUGCAAAUGCAGACUUGGAUACACGGGGAACAAGUGUGAACUUGGUAAUGCAUCAUUUAACACUAUUUUACUUGUACAUUACCUUUCACGAUCGUUAUGGCUGCACGCAUGGUUGCUUGUUUGUACGCACAUAAAGCCGUGCGUAAUAUCCGGUUUCCGUUAUAUUAGGUGGGUUAUAAGCCUUCAACUUACUCCCAAACCUGUAUGACCAGUAUGUGUUUCGUUUUCCCUUGCAACUUUUUUUUGUCUUCAGUAGUGGAGAGUGCUUAUCUACUCGCGUUUAGAAUUGAAGUUUUCUUUCUCAUUGAAAGGCUUCCUUAAAAAGCUACGAGCGUCAACUAUCCAAAGCAAGCUCGUUAAAAUGUGCCAGUCACUCGCCCUGCAUUCCCCCUUUUUUUCGGCUCCUCAACGAGCAUGCAUCUUGUUGAAACUUGGCCAGGCAAUGUUUAUUUAUUCAGAGUUCCCUGAGGUAUCCCGGGUUACGCAGAACAUAUACCGUAAAAUUCCGAAAGUAAGCCCUGGGGCGUAUAUUUUUGAGGGGCUUAUAUUCGGAGGGGCUUAUCUACGGAUGGAAAUUUGCGUUUCGAAAUCGAUCGGGCAAGCCUUUUAGUUGGAAGUAAGUUUACCGUUUUUGCUUUGCUUUACUUUGUAUUUGAGGGUAAUUUCCAAGUACAAGCUCCCCUAGGGGCUUAUAUUUGGAGGGGCGAUUUAAUGGAGGGUUUUUGCGUUACGAGUUUAGGGGGCUUAUAAUAUUUGGAGGGGCUUAUACACGGAGGGGCUUAUUUUCGGAAUUUUGCGGUAUGUACACUAACAGGAGUAGUUCCCGUUGCUAAGAAGGCUAGGUAUGGCCACGAAGUGGGGUUAGAGAUGAGACGAACGCCUAGCCUCUAGAAAAGACUGGUGCGUGGCCAGCACUCUACAGCCUACCUUCUCAGGCGGGUCCUUUCCAUCAAGUAGAAACCCUCCGUGCCUCCCAAAGUCCAUGGUUUUGGACUCGGAUAUUGAGAGAGAAAAUCAAUCGCCAUUACACUAGUAUAUCUUAUAUAAUAAUAAUAACAAUAAUAUGCACCCCGAAUGCGUCGUUCAAUUUUUAUGUGCAAGUUCAUGCAUCAGAUGGGAUCAAAAGGGAUCUGUAGAUGGCAGCUGAUCGAGUUCAUCAUUAGCUUAAAUCAAUUUUGUUUUAAUUAUUCUCUACAGAUAUUUGCCGCCUCAACCCCUGCAAAAACUUUGGCAUUUGUACCGCUGUCCCGACUGUAGCGGGCUACGUCUGCGAAUGCAGAUUUGGAUACAGGGGGCCCAACUGUGAAUUUGGUAAUGCCUCAUUUAACACUAUUUUACUUACAUUGCCUUUCACGAUGGUUAUGGCUGCACGUAUGGUUGUUUGUUUGUACGCGCAUAAAGCCGCAAUAUCCGGUUUCCGUUAUAGGUGGGUGGGUUAUAAGCCUUCAACUUACCCCUAAACCUGAAUGACCAGUAUGUGUUUCGUUUUUUCUUGCAGCCCUUUUUUUUUGUUUUCAGUACUGGCGAGUGCUUAUCUACUCGCGUUUAGAAUUGAAGUUUUCUUUCUCAUUGAAAGGCUCCCUUGAAAAGGCUACGAGGCCUCAACUAUCCAAAGCAAGCUUGUUAAAAUGCGCCAGUCACUCGCGCUGCAUUCCCCCCUUUUUUCGACUCCUCAACGAGCAUGCAUCUUGUUGAAACUUGGCCGGACAAUGUUUGUUUGUUCAGAUUUCCUUGAGGUAUCUCGGGUUACGCAGAACAUAUAUGUACACUAACAGGAGUAGUUCCCGUUGCUAAGAAGACUAGGUAUGGCAGGGGCACCCAACGAGAAUAUGGUUCAAAACCACGAAAACAUAGCAUUGUUAAACGUAUUUUGGUAUUUAAACGGUAGAUAUAGGCAUAUUUUCAUCCCCUAAAAAUUUUUCAUCUGUUCGGAUUUCCUAGCUGAAAGUCUAAUAAUCCGAAAAUUAUAGGGAUCAAAACUUACCUUUUCGAAAAUUUCAGCCAGAAAAAAGGCUCCCGAAAAUUCUAGGUGACCUUUUUAAGGUAAAAAUCCGUUAAAAAUAGGCAAUUAUACCAUAUUUUAGAUGUUCGAAAAUCCUAGGAGAAGCAGGCAAGCAAGAAAUUUUACAGCAAAUGUUCCGAAAAUUCUAGAUCUCAAAUCGUCUUCCGAACAGAUAUUUUUCCGAAAAUUGUCGUUGGGUGCCCCUGGUAUGGCCACGAACUGGGGUUAGAGAUGAGACGAACGCCUAGCCUCUAGAAAAUACUUGUGCGUCACCAGCACUCGAACGGCAUGAAAAGUCAGUAGGAGGCAUGGGGGCUUCGAAACUCUACGGUACGGCCAGUCUCUUACGAAGCAAGCAAUCCUAUCACCCCGGCAGUGGUAGCCGUGGACAUCUGUUUCGCUCUCAUGAUGAGUCCUAGGCGAAACAGCCGUCCAUGUCUGCUAUUUCCUGCAAGAGAUGGUUGUGCGCAUUCUUGAGGUACUUACCAUACCACUGAGCUUCCUACUGAACACUGAUACCCAUAAACAACAAACUUAGUGAUUAUGUAAAGCUCGGAGUCUCCUAUCUGAAUAUUUGAGUCGGUUAGCAUUAGGACCUAAACCCCUUUGGACACGUUACGAAGUUUGCACAACGUAGGAUUCCUUAUUUGUUUCGAGCACUGAAUAUAGUGAUUAGCGAUAAGCAACGAUAUUGAUUAGGGUUAAGCACUGAAAAUAGUGAUUAGGGUUAAGCACUGACCAUGGUGAUUGGGGUUAAGCCCUGAAAAUAGUGAUUAGGGUUACGCACUGACUCCAAACGGUUAGCUUCUUGGGUUGUUGCUAUAUCGCUUCAAAUCAAACCAAUGCUCGCCAGGAAAUCCUCAGUGGCGUAGUGGUACAGAUGAUGGACUGCACUCACUACGCUUACUUUCGCUCCUCUAGUUUAGAAAUUGAAGAGACUCACACUUUCAUGUAAUAUAUCAAACAUGAGAUGCAGUGUUUCAUCACCAGAUACGACGCGCAGCGGAGUAUUUUUGACGAACUUCGAGGUGUUUCAUCUGGUGAUGAAACACUGUGUCGAAUGUUUGAUAUUUCUUCUCAAACAAAAUCAUUUUUGAAGGAGAAAUUAAGGAUGCAAAUACUAAGCAGUGUUUCAUCCGAUUUCCAAACACUCAUUAAACAUUAAUUUCCUUUGUAUUUUCUUAAUGAAUUAUUAAUGAGUUUGAGAAGAACAUUUCCCAAGCAGAGAUGCCAAGAAACUUAGAAAUUUCAUCUAAGUGUAGCGUAAAAGCAAUAAAGAAUACUACGUUGUGUAAACUGCAAAAGGUGUCCAAGGCAUUUAUGCCUAUGGGAUCUAAUGCUGACGAGUCUUAUUGAAUUAUCCCAUAAUACACGGACUCGUACCCAGUCCCCCUCGUAUGAAAUCCAGCCAAAUGAUAAGAUCCGCUUUUCGGACAAAUCGCCUAAAAAUACACAGUUGAAUACAGAUUGUUUUUAAGUAAAAAAAGGCUCCUUCUUAAAAUAAGUAGUACACUUGCAUUAACGUUGUUUCUACUUUUCUAGGCAAUCAGGGAAAUAGGCCAGUGGCAUUGCGGUAACAAGUAAUAAAGGUAAGGCUCUCAAUUUCUUCUGAAUUUCUACUGAUACUAAUGUCGUAGUCGUUAAAUUAGAGUCAACUCGACUGUUUUCAAAGCUUUCAACGACCUUAAACUGUUCGUAACAACUGCACAAAAAAUUAAAUAAUUUCAUGUCAGUUUCAUAUUAUUUUGGACAGUUGUUGUCUUCUAGUCCAUUAACAUCCUAAUAUCAAAAGUUGUUACCUAAAAACUGACGUUUAAUUUUCUUAAACGUGAUUCUAAGUUUCUCAGACAGGAUACAGCCUAAAUACCUAACUACAUAUCUAUAAUUUUUUUCCGAAAUUACUUAUAUCGUUAAAAUACACGUCUUAUUUUUCUUUUAUUUUUAAAUGCCGCUUAGUAUUCAAAUAGCCCACGUUCAAUACAGUAUUAAAAUUCCAACAUGACUCCUAGGCUUUCUGUUCAUUUUUCCAUAUUUGGUUCGGUUUUCUUUGUGCUCAAGUCUCUUUUGGGAAUUGAGAGACAAUGGAGUCUUGGAAAAUUUGCGAUUUUGACCCUAAAGCCUCUGAGUCACGUUAGAAUUCAGUUAAUAUAUCGAACAUCGGCUAUCGCCGGUGGGGGAAAAUCCCUACUCCUCAUAAGUUUGUUCAGUGGCUUCUGGGAGAUUUCCCCACCACAGUCACUCCUUCCCAGCUGUAUACUAAUUUCAAUUUUGUUAUUUACCUAUUUAUUACAUCCUCUUUGAAAUCACUUGCUAUCCGUGCAAUCUGAUUGGCUCUCAGCAAUGUGAUUUAUUCCCAAAUCGCACCAUUUUUUGCUCUAAAUCGCAUCUGUUCCAAAUCGCGUCAUUCAUGUUCUAAAUCGCAUCAUUUCUGUUUUAAAUCGCACCAUUUUUGUUCUAUAUCGCAUCAUUUCUGUUUCGAAUACAAGCCUUUUUGUUUCGGCUUAUUAACAAACCGGCUACUCGAUCAAUAAAAUAUUAGUACUGACUAAAUUCUGCGAUUUCAAAAUGGAUGUAAUAAAGUGGUAAUCAAACUCGCGCUACGCGCUCGUUCGAUUUUGAAAUCCCGCGUAUGAUUUCAGACCAAAUUGCACUCCACUCAGUUCAAUUACCAUUAUUUAUUGUGUUUUUUAUUCUAUUUGUUGUAUACUAAAUUUUGUCUUUUAGGCUGUUGAUCUCCCAGAUCUUUUACGAAGUUCUACUUUCAACA